UGGAGCCUGAGGAGACUGCGGUGUGUUUUCCUCGGGAUCGCACAGGAUCACACAGCGCACGGUUCGAGAAGCGUCUCAGUUAGAGGCACAAUCACUGCUGUGACACAAGGAGACUAUGUGAAGCAGCACCGAGAGGAGCAGCCCAGGGAUUGCAUCGCUGUUCUUGGAGAGCAGAGGUAGAAUGCCAUCUCUGUCGGAGCAGCUGCAGGAGAUGCGGAGUCAAACUGAAGUGUGUCUGUACUCCAGCGGCAGGGUGGUGGAGGUGCGGACUGGGGUCAUGGCUAUGGCAAAUCUGCCUCUACCACCCUGCUCCAAAUACCGCCACAUCGCUGCAGAGUCCAUGGUCAUUGAAAACAGCUUUGGCAGCAACAGAAAGGAGACCCUUGCAUCUCUCCAGCGCUUGUCUACAGCACUGAACAUCCUGGAAAAGUAUGGCUGCAACUUGACAAAUCCCAACAGGCCUAAAUACUGGAGGACUGUGAAACACAACAAUCCAGUGUUCAGAGCCACAGUUGAUGCUAUUCAGGGAGGACGGGCAGUGCUCUUUCUCUAUGGUUACUCCAAUCAGCAGGCAGAUGGACUCAGCUUCCCUGAUGAUGUCACUGAUCCUGAUGUGGGCCGAGUUGCUGCAGUAACACUUGAAGUCAUGAGUCUGAGGACAGAACUAGAAAUGCUAAUCAAGGAGGCUCACCCCCACCCUGAGUUCUACGAGAGAGUCAUUCCUACAUUGAGACACAAGGAUGUGGGCCUUAAUACUGAUGCUGUAGUCUACCACUCCUCUGCCACAUCAUGCCACUCUGAUAAUCAGACCAAGUCUUUAGCUUUCCCCGUCCACCACCACUCCCUCAGGGAGAGCAGUCGUGGCCUCUCCCUGUCUUCCAACCACCAAAGUCUCAGGUCCAUUCAAGACUUUUCCACCUCUUCAAACAAACACCCAGAGAACUGCACUAUCUGUGGAAUAUUCAGAAUCUCUGCCCACUGCCUCACCUGCCUCCAGGGUCUCUGCUCAGAAUGUGACAGACUGUACCACUCCUACACUGAGAGAGCCCACCACCGUCGAACAGCUGUCACAUCAUCCUCAUCAUCAUCCUCAUCAUCAUCAUCAUCAGCAUCAUCAUCAGCAUCACCAUCCAAAAACAGAAGCAAUCAUAGUUCUUCCACAUGGUGUUGCCUUAACUGCACUAAAGUCAACUCCGUCCAGGAUGUGCUGUGUUUGGACUGUGAGCGCCCUCGUUUGGAAUCCAUCAGCUCUAAAGCAGAGGAAUCUCAGUCUACAACAAUCACCGACUGGCAAUGUAAGAGCUGUACAAUGGUGAAUUCUGCCAGUAAUAUUCUGUGUGAGGUGUGUGAAAGACCUCGUUUGGCCACACGACCUCCAAUGACCCCAUCACACCAACCUAUCAACCCUCCUAGGCCGCCAGCACCAGUGCUGGGCAUGCCUGGGGACCCCGACAGCCAGUGGGUGUGUCAGUUCUGUACAUAUCUGAACUAUACUCCUGCUACAGUGUGUGACAUGUGUGACCUGGCUCGUCCAGAGCCUGCACCCCUGCCUGUGAAGCUCCGCCCUCCCUCUCCUGUCAGACGGGUCCCUGCCCUGCCAAUCAAACCCAAAAAGCCUGCCCCUGAAGACUGCUGGAGACAGAGGCUGUUGAAAGAGGAGGGGCUUAAGUUGAUUCAACUGAUAAGAGAUGGGGAGAAGAAAGGAAUGAGUCCAGAAGAGGUAUACACAAGCAUGAGGGUGGCAGGAGACAGCAGCAUCUUGCCCUACAAGUGGUUAAAGUCAGAGCUUCCUCCGCUGUUAGACCAGAUCAGGAUGUUGGUAGCGGCAUCCCCUAAGUCUGACAAGACUACAACACAGCACACAAGCAGGUCAAGUGUCGCUCCUGUUGCGGAUGCUUGGAGAGAGGAGAACUCUGCAGAGACCGAAAGUGGGAUCCAGCUGUCCAGAGCAGAGGCUAAGCAAGCCUGGCUGACAGCAGGCGGAGACUCAGAGAGAGCAGCCAGACAAGCACUUAGAGAGAGACUUGCCAAGAUAAAGGAGCUGUGUGCAUUGGGCUUCAGAGAAGAGUCUCACUGCCAUGAGGUUUUGAAACAGAGUGGUGGUGAGGUAAGAGGAGCACUGGCCCUUCUGCAGAGACCCCUGCUGGAGCCCUUCCACAACCGUAUUUGGAGUGAAAAAGCCGAACCUCCACUAGACAUCCAUCAGCCUGACAAACAGCAGAUAUGUCGGAGGCUACUUGCUGUAUAUGAUCUUCCGAGCUGGGGUCGCUGUGAGCUGGCACUGUCACUUCUUCUGGAGCAUACUGCUUCUUACUCACUGGAGGAUGUUGUGCAGGCUGUACGAGAGUCCCAUGACAGGGAGUUUAUCAGGAGAGUGCUGGCUAAAGAGUGUCCCAUCUGCCUUUCUGUCUUUCCCCACAGCAAGAUGCAGUCUCUAACAUCAUGCCAGUGUUCAGUGUGCUGUGGUUGUUUCCAGCAGCACUUCACUAUCGCUGUAAGGGACAAACACAUCAGGGACAUGGUGUGUCCAGUGUGCUGGGAGCCAAACAUCAAUGAUCCUGAACACCUGAACAGCUAUUUCUCCACCCUUGACAUCCAGCUAAGAGAGUGCCUGGAGCCAGAAGUCUAUGAACUGUUCCAUAAGAAGCUGACAGAGCAGGCUCUAAUCAAGGACCCCAAGUUCCUCUGGUGCUGUCAUUGUUCAUAUGGGUUUAUCUAUGAUGGAGACCAGCUGAAGGUUACCUGUUUUCAGUGUCGCAACAGUUUCUGUGCUCAGUGUAAAAAACCUUGGGAGUCUCAGCAUGCCGGUCUGUCCUGUGAACAGUACCAGUCCUGGAAGAGAGAAAAUGAUCCAGAGUAUCAGAAGCAGGGCCUGGCCGGAUACCUCAGAGACAACGGCAUCACCUGUCCAAACUGCCGCUUUCAGUAUGCACUGUCUAAAGGAGGCUGUAUGCAUUUCUGCUGCUCUCAGUGUCGCUACCAGUUUUGCAGUGGCUGCAACAACCCUUUCCACACUACCUGUGCCGUGGGCGAAUGCAGUGUGUCAGGACUACACGCCCAUCAUCCCAGAGACUGCCUCUUCUACCUGAGAGACUGGGAACCUUCCAGACUGCAGGCGUUACUCCAGAAGAAUGAAGUGGUGUUCAACACUGAACCCCCUCUUGGAACACAGACAGGUCUAUGUGGAGUGAUUGAGCAAAAGGAUGAGGGAGGGCAGCAGCCAGAUUCAGCUUGUGGAGCUCAGACCCAGCAUGGUCAUGCCGGACUCUGCGAGAAGCAUUACCGGGAGUAUCUGGUCAGCCUGAUCAACAGCCACUCCAUCGACCCUGCCCCCCUUUACAGCUCCAAUGAGCUGCUACUUGCCUGCAGGCGGUACAAGGUAGACGACACCCGCAAGGAUGGGGAGGAUGGCUUCACCUUCUACAGCAGACUGCUCGAGAAAUUGAUGGGUGAAGUACCGCUUGGCGACAAGGUGCCACGCAAAAAAUGAAUGCAAAAUCAUGGUUUCUCAUUUCCUGUGGUUAGGUUGACUUUUUCACAUCAAAUUCAGCUACAAGAUUCAUAAUGACAACUGUUUUCUUUUUCCUGAAAUGGUGUUAAUACAGGAUAGACGCAUCUCUAGGCAUACAAAUGUCUUUUCCUCUGGACAGUGUUUUUUUCGUUGCCAUUUUAAUUAGCGUUUGUGAAAGAAAAUAGAACAUAAAAAUAUGGUUUAAAUACCUUAGAGGCUUAAUCCUCUCAAGUGAAAGCCUAGGUGAUAAAUUCAUCGAAAGACAACUUCCCACAAGCAGGGGUCUCUAUGAAUUUAGUCUUGAGCUAUGUGAGUCACCUGCCUACGAUGAGUCUCAACACGACUGAUGUUAAUUGUUUCAUAAAGUAGGUUAGCAACUGGCUCAGACAGCUCCACUUUACUGAACCAGCCGAAAGCACAUUCACAUUAAAGGCGCGCAAGCCAGUCACAUCAACAUGAACACAUAGGUAUAGAUUAUUUAAUAUGAGAUAAAAUGAUACCCCUGGAAACCUUCUUUGCUUGUUUGCAGCAUAUUAUGAAACUGCUAUUGAAACCAAGUGCAGUACACUUCAAGGUAAGAAAGCAGGCAAAGGUUGAGAAGAAAGCAGCUCAAUAAAGAUAGUAAUCCUUAAUGAGGUGGAUAUACCUUUUUUUCAUCUACAGGCAUCAUCUCAGUGUCUCCUGAGAUAGGAUUUAUCAUGGGUGCCUAGCGGUGCGAGCACUACUAUGCGCAAUACAUUGCACUCAUAUUGUCAUUCCACAAAGUUUAUUUAUAACUGUAACUUUGCAGACUCCAGAAUUUUACAUUAUUGAUGAUGUCACAGGUGAGACUUCUCUCUGACGACCUUUGUGUCAUCCAUGAAUGGUGCCACUCCUGUUAGCUGAUCCCCCUGCAGCUCCUCUGCUCUGUUCAGGACUUCUGAGUGUAAUGAAAAUAGAAAGGUUCCCCAAACCUGUAUAUGUGCCACAAUUAGUGUUUUAGUAUUUUAUUUAUUUAAUGAAAUUAAAGAUUGCACAGUUUAAAACAGUGGUAAGUUUUAAUUAUUGUCUCUAAAAAUCCCUUUUGCUUUUGUUACAUGCCCCUUUAUUAUUAACUCUGCUGUUGUUUCUGUCAGGAGCUUGUAGGAUGUUGAUGUGAUUGGCUCAAUAGUCGGCAGGUGUUGAUCUGUUCCUCGGAACUGAACAUGAUGUUAGCAGUGCAGCACAGGUUACCAUGGUGAUCUAUCCCCAGUUAAAAGUGAGCUAGCGUCUUGAUACAGAAUACCUGAGAUAAAACCAAAGAUAGCUUGAUCUCACGCAUUAAAUCUGUGUUUUGGUGUACAUUUUAUGUUUUUAUUAUUGUGUCAAAAAAAUACUAUAAUAGUGCAUAUUUAUACUUGAUAUGUGAGUAUCGUAUCAGUGGGUACACACCUGGUAUUACCUGGUGGUUUUUUCUGAUCCAAUCUCAAGUGGACAUUUCUGAGUACAGGUAUUAAUGCAUUCAGAUAAGAUAGCAAUCCGAUCACGCCAACGUGUCCGCAUUCUUUUAACAGUGUGAAAGAAAAUCCAUCCUUUGCAACAUAAGAAGACUGCUAUGCUCUAAGCUGCUGCACUUUGAAUCGCCACAAUAUUAACACUAAUCACCACAUAAUCGUAAAUGGUCUGUAUGUAUAUAAUGCUGUCCUUGUCUCGAUGACCACUCAAAGCGCAUUCACACAUACAUUCAUAGAGUGCAUUUAUGGGAAACUAUGGAUUUGUGGUUUAGUUUCCAGGACACUUUGGCAUGAGGAUGAGGAAGACUGGGAUCAAGCCACCAACCUUCUGUUUAGAGGACCACGACUCUACCCCCUUAUUCACAGCCACCGACGUAAUGAUUUCUUUUAAUAUUCAUUCAAUUAGUAAAAUCUUACUUCACAGAUGCAUAAGAAUCAUUCAGGCUGUCCUGACUAACCUCUCUUUCUUUCUUGCUCUUGCUGACACAAACACACACACACACACAUACAUCUGUAGUCUCAGACUGGCCCAAAACAACAUUUCGGUCAAAACUAACACAAAUGACUUGGGGAAGGGAGCAAUUUGUUAUCGAAUCUCUCAGGACAUAUGAUAAUACCAGGUGUGUACGGUCCCAGUAAAAAAGUUUUAUAGUUGUUUAUAGAUAGAAUUUUGUCUUGCAUAGCAUUAGAUCCUGUGCUUGUGAUUAUAUGCAGCAGUAUGAUACUUGAUGAAUGUGAACUCAUGUUUAACAGGUUUGUUGAUGAGUAUUCCUUUGAAUAUGUUGUUAUUCUGUGUUCUGUACUAUGUCAAAAUAAAUGUCAAUGGGGUUGACUUCUUUCAGUGCCAUGUG